AACCACACCAAUCGAAAUCUCUGCGAACAUGGCACGCUUAAGCAUCACCGUACUCAUCAUGGUCCUAUUCUGCAGAACUGCACUCUCGGAACUAUGCAACCCACAAGACAAGCAAGCCCUUCUCCAGAUCAAGAAAGAGCUUGGCAACCCAACCACCCUCUCCUCCUGGCUCCCAAACACCGACUGCUGCAACCCGCAAUGGGAAGGUGUCUCAUGCGACAUCGACACCAAAACGUACAGGGUCAACAGUCUCGACCUUACCGACCUUAGCCUCCCCAAACCCUACCCUAUCCCUUCCUCCGUCGCCAACCUCCCCUACCUCAGUUUUCUCUACAUUAGCCGCAUCAACAACCUCGUCGGUCCAAUCUCCCCCUCCAUCGCAAAGCUCACCAAACUCCGUUACCUCUACAUCACCCACACCAACGUCUCUGGUCAGAUACCCCAUUUCUUGUCCCAGAUGAAAACCCUUUUGACCAUUGAUUUCUCCUACAACGCCCUCUCCGGCACCCUCCCUCCCUCCCUCUCCUCUCUCCCCAACCUCCUCGGAAUCUCCUUCGACGGCAACCACAUCUCCGGCGCCAUCCCGGACUCCUUCGGCUCCUUUCCGAAGCAUUUCACGGUGCUGACACUCUCCCGCAACCGCCUCACCGGCAAGAUUCCGGCGACGCUGGCGAAGCUGGACCUGGCGUUCGUGGACUUGUCUCAGAACAUGCUGGAAGGAGAUGCGUCGGUGUUGUUUGGGGCAAAGAAGGAAAGGCUGCAGAAGAUAAACCUGGCGAAGAACUUGCUGGCUUUCGAUUUGGGAAAAAUAAGGCUGUCGAAGUCGAAGGACUUGGGGGGUUUGGAUCUUAGGAACAACCGUAUCUACGGGAAUCUUCCGAAGGUUCUUACGUCGUUUAAGUAUCUGAAGCGUUUGAAUGUGAGCUACAAUAAUCUGUGUGGUGAGAUUCCGCAAGGUGGUAAGUUGCAGAGAUUUGAUGAAUCUUGCUAUGCUCAUAACAAGUGCUUGUGCGGUUCUCCACUUCCUUCUUGCACUUAAUUACUGUCACAUUCACAAAAUAGGUAUUAUGUGUGUUUCUCCUUCAUGCUACACGUGGUUUUAAUGAGUAAUUAAUCCACGUUUAACCUGUGUUUUUAGUCUUAAUAAUGAUACCUAUUCUAAUGUGAUGCUAUCUGUGUUUCGACA